AUGGCGUCAGCAAUGGCCAAGCGCCUCCAAGGCAAGACUGUGCUCAUCACCGGCGCCUCAUCUGGCAUCGGGCGAUCCACUGCCUUCGAGUUUGCCCGCACAAGCCCGAAUGAUUUGAAGCUGGUGUUGACGGCGCGCCGCAUCGACACUCUCAAGCAGAUUGCGGCGGAUAUCACCAAGGAAGUCGGCCCUGGCGUCAAGGUACUGCCUAUUCAGCUGGACGUUAGCAAUCCUGCUGAGGUGCGCGCUUUCCCGGAUUCAUUGCCGGCUGAGUUCAAGGAAAUCGAUGUGCUGGUCAACAAUGCCGGCCUGGUCAAAGGCGUAGCCAAGGCACCUGAGAUUGCCGAAGACGACAUGAACGUCAUGUUCGCCACCAACGUGACAGGACUGAUCAACAUGACACAAGCAAUCCUCCCUGGAAUGUUGAAGCGUGGCAACGGCGAUGGUGCCGGCGACAUCAUCAACAUCGGGUCCAUCGCAGGUCGUGAGCCCUACGUCGGUGGGAGCAUAUACUGCGCCACCAAGGCGGCCGUCCGGUCUUUCACCGACAGCCUGCGAAAGGAGCUGAUUGCGAAGAGAAUCCGAGUCAUCUGCGUCGACCCUGGCCAAGUUGAGACUGAGUUCUCCGUGGUUCGAUUUGGUGGUGAUAAGGCCAAGGCUGAUGCUGUCUAUGCGGGCUGUGAGCCAUUGACGCCUGAUGAUAUUGCUGAGGCGGUCGUAUUCACUGCUGGCAGGAGGGAGAACGUCGUCAUUGCUGAUACUCUCAUUUUCCCCAACCACCAAGCCGCUGCCACCAUCAUGCACAAGAAGUCCGCAUAG